AUUUAGAGGCACACAGGAGUGAGUAAAAUAAUUCAUCCACGUCAUGAAAAAAAGCAAGGAAACUGGAAUCUGCUGACACUGCGCACCACCUUACAAUUAUGCAGCAUGAAUACAAAAAAAAAACGAAUAUUCCAACUCCACAUUACAAUCUAACGAUCCCUAACAAGCCACGCACAAACCAAUUCCAAGUCAAUCCGUAAAACCUCAUCAUCAUCCAGAUAAAUUUUCUCACGGCUGAAAAAAUCCACUCGACGCUCCCCAUAAUUUUUCCCGAAAACGCAUUCCCAUCUCACGCAUCCCAUCGGGGAGAGAGAAAAAAAAUCCGACUAAAAUGUCGAGCUCUCUCUCUCUCUCUCUCUCUCUCUCUCGCGCGCGCGUCGCUGCCGCAUCGCGCCAUUCCCUGCAUCAGCCCGCAAGAGCAGCGCAGCAGCAGCGCGUUGGGGAUGUACAGGCAACGCGCGCAGGUAUACGACCAUCGCACUACUCACACAGACGUGAUUUUUUUUUUCUCUGCUCCACGUGUACACAUUUAUACAGGUAUAGGUGUGCGUUGUGUCGUCCUUGUGGCACACACGAGGGGUGUGGUGCCCCGGGCGCACCCUUAACGGAAAUCGGAAUUACACGUUCUUAUAUGGCCAGUGUGGCUUUUGUCCGCCGCUACGUGGCUGCAGCAGCAGAUCUCUCGCGCCUCUCAGGUAUAAAGAGAAAAUAUUCCCUCUCGAAAUAUGGGAAACAAAGUCGCGACUUUUUCCGAGGAACAGCUCGAGGAUUACCAGGAUUGCACGUACUUUACGCGGAAGGAGAUCCUGAGGCUGCACAAGCGCUUCCGAGAGAUGGCCGAUCCCGGAAUGGUUCCACGCAGCAUGACACCGCACGAGGCCUCGAGCUUAAGACUGCCUCUCGACUAUUUGGCCAGAAUACCGGAGCUCAAGGAAAACCCAUUCAGGGACCGCAUAGGCCAGGUGUUCACUCGCACGAGUCUGGACCCCGGCCAGAUCUGCGACGACGACGGCAUCUGCUUCGAGGACUUUCUCGAGAUGAUGUCCGUGUUUUCGGAACACGCCCCUCGCGACCUCAAGGUCUUUUACGCCUUCAGGAUCUACGACUUCGACGAAGACGGCGUGGUGGGUAUCAACGACUUGGAGCACACGUGUCAGCAGUUGGUUCGUGGCGGCUUGACCGACGAGGAGGUGUCCACUGUCUGUCAGAAAGUCCUGGAGGAGAGCGACAUCGACGGGGACGGCGCCCUGUCCUUCCUGGAAUUCGAGCACGUCGUCACUAGGGCCGCCGACUUUUUGUCCACCUUUCACAUACGCAUCUAGAAGCAUCCGAGUGAGAGAGAGAGAGAGAGAGAGAGAGAGAGAGCCUCGAUAUAAUACCUGUCUAGCUGAUAUGCGAUGCCAUCGUCCUAUACAUCGCGGUCCACUCACUCUCUAUUCUCUCGACUCCUCGCUCUAAUCAUUUCAAAUGACUUGUAGAAAAUGUAGAAUGCUCGCUCUUCUCUCUAAUACACGCGCAUCUUUCUCCCCAUACAGCA